AGGGGGCGUGGCCUCCGUGGAGCGUGAACUAGCGCGGGCUUAGCGGCUGCGCAGUAGAGUUGCUCAGUCGCCGAGGUGAGAAGAGAGACGCGAUGGCGGGGCCCGCGUGGAUGUCCAAGGUCUCUCGGCUGCUUGGGGCAUUUCACAACCCAAAACAGGUGACCAGAGGUUUUGCUGGUGGUGUUCAGACAGUAACUUUAAUUCCAGGAGAUGGCAUUGGCCCAGAAAUUUCAGCCUCAGUUAUGAAGAUUUUUGAUGCUGCCAAAGCGCCCAUUCAGUGGGAGGAGCGGAACGUCACCGCCAUCCAAGGACCGGGAGGGAAGUGGAUGAUCCCUCCAGAGGCCAAGGAGUCCAUGGACAAGAACAAGAUGGGCCUGAAAGGCCCUUUAAAGACCCCCAUAGCAGCUGGCCACCCAUCCAUGAACUUACUGCUGCGUAAAACCUUCGACCUUUAUGCGAACGUCCGACCCUGUGUCUCCAUUGAAGGCUACAAAACCCCUUACAACGACGUAAAUAUCGUCACCAUCCGGGAGAACACAGAAGGAGAGUACAGUGGGAUUGAGCACGUGAUUGUGGAUGGCGUUGUGCAGAGCAUCAAGCUCAUCACUGAGGAGGCGAGCAGGCGUAUCGCAGAGUUCGCGUUUGAGUACGCCCGGAACAACCACCGGAGCAACGUCACCGCCGUGCACAAAGCCAACAUCAUGCGAAUGUCAGAUGGGCUUUUUCUGCAAAAAUGCAGGGAAGUUGCAGAAAACUGUAAAGAUAUUAAAUUUAACGAGAUGUACCUUGACACAGUCUGUUUGAAUAUGGUCCAAGAUCCAUCCCAGUUUGAUGUUCUUGUUAUGCCCAAUUUGUAUGGAGACAUCCUGAGCGACCUGUGCGCAGGAUUGAUUGGAGGUCUCGGUGUGACACCAAGUGGCAACAUUGGAGCUAAUGGGGUCGCGAUCUUCGAGUCGGUUCACGGGACGGCCCCGGACAUCGCCGGCAAGGACAUGGCCAACCCCACGGCCCUGCUGCUCAGCGCGGUGAUGAUGCUGCGCCACAUGGGGCUGUUUGACCACGCCGCACGGAUCGAGGCGGCCUGCUUUGCUACCAUUAAGGAUGGGAAGAGCUUAACAAAGGAUUUGGGAGGCAAUGCAAAAUGCUCAGACUUCACACAAGAAAUCUGUCACCGAGUAAAAGACUUAGAUUAAGGCUUCCACAGGUGGCAUCCACAUCCGUCACCGCGGCCGACGCCACGUAAGCCUGGCAACACGCCCCGUUCCACGCGCACUUGGUGUCCUUGCUUCCUGACAGCACAUCUCUCGAUCUGGCCUUUUCACAAAGUCUGCGACGGAUGCAGGCGACGUCCCUGCAUCUGCUUUCAUGGGACUUUUCCACGUGCUUGUUUUAUUUAUUCAUGUCUAUUGAGUGUGCGUUUUUGUUAAACUCUACAUGGACUGUAUCAUUUGCCAUGGGCAACCAUUUUACACUUCAUUUAAAAUCAUUUUCCUCAGCUGUAAAUAUGAUACAGAAUUAAUAAGAGAAAACAUCUAACUUUCUAAAGAAAAAAUUGUUGUUAGUUUAUGAAAAAUAUAGUAGAAAUAAAACAGAAUAUUGACAUAUUAGCACAAGAUGACGUUCUUAAAAAAUGAACGGGCACUAGAGAAAUUUCCUAGGAAAGUCCAUAUCAAAAACCAUGACUAUGGUAUAUUUCUUUACGAUAUGGAAAACUAAGACUGAUUUGUCCUUUAUAUGAAUUACUGAGUAUGAAUAAAGACUUCAGAUCCAAGAAA